AAAACAACUGACUCACAGCUAUUUUUUCUUCAAGACCUAUAAAUCUAAACAAGAAAAUAUCUGUCCAAAAUGUUCUUUGGAUGCCCACAGAACAUUGAGUUUUAGUUUUAGUUAAGAGCUAUUUAGUAACAUGAGUCUAGGGUUCAAGAAUUCCCUAUUUUCUGGUCAGUUCAAUACUGUCCAGUUAGGGAGGUUCAGACCCAGAAGCCAAAAACAUAGGAUUUUGUCUGUAGAACCUGCCCAAACCUCAGUUUUCAGUGGUUAUAUUGUGCCCAGAAACAUAAAAAGCAAAAUUGACAAUCUUGGUGAAGUAAAGUUAAAUGAGGAAUUUAUUUUGAGGUCAAAGGCCUUGUUGACUGUGGAUUUUGAAGGAAAUAGAGGAGUGAGCAGAGAGAGGAGUGAUUACGAUGUAAUUGUUAUUGGGUCUGGUAUUGGUGGGUUGGUUGCGGCUACACAGUUGGCAGUGAAGGGAGCUAAAGUUUUGGUCUUGGAGAAGUACGUGAUUCCCGGUGGGAGUUCUGGGUAUUAUGAGAGGGAUGGAUAUACUUUUGAUGUUGGCUCUUCUGUUAUGUUUGGUUUCAGUGACAAGGGCAACCUAAAUUUGAUAACACGAGCAUUGGCAGCAGUUGGUUGUGAAAUGAAGGUGAUUCCUGACCCCACUACUGUCCAUUUUCAUCUACCUAAUAACCUUUCUGUUAAAGUUCCCAAAGAGUACUGCGACUUCAUCUCAGAACUUACUGCUAAGUUUCCCCAUGAAAAGGAAGGGAUUCUUAAAUUCUAUGGUGAAUGCUGGAAGAUAUUCAAUGCCUUGAACUCUUUGGAACUGAAGUCUCUCGAGGAGCCAAUCUACCUGCUUGGACAAUUCUUUCAGAAGCCUCUUGAAUGCUUGACACUAGCUUAUUAUCUGCCCCAAAAUGCUGGGGGCAUCGCUCAGAAGUACAUAAAGGAUCCUGAGUUGUUGUCUUUCAUUGAUGCAGAGUGUUUCAUAGUGAGCACAGUCAAUGCUUUGCAGACCCCAAUGAUCAAUGCGGGCAUGGUUCUAUGUGAUAGGCAUUUUGGAGGGAUCAACUAUCCUGUUGGUGGGGUUGGUGGAAUUGCAAAGUCCUUGUCAAAAGGUCUGAUUGAUCAAGGCAGUGAAAUUCUUUACAGGGCAAACGUGACCAACAUCAUUCUUGAGCAUGGAAAGGCUGUAGGAGUGAGGCUUUCAGAUGGAAGGGAGUUCUUUGCCAAAACCAUAAUAUCAAAUGCUACUAGAUGGGAUACCUUUGGGAAGUUGUUGAAAGGAGAAACCCUUCCAAAAGAGGAAGAAAAUUUUCAAAAAGUUUAUGUCAAGGCUCCAUCUUUUCUUUCCAUUCACAUGGGUGUUAAAGCCGAGGUUCUACCACCAGAUACAGAUUGCCACCACUUUGUUCUUGAGGAUGACUGGACAAGAUUAGAGGAGCCUUAUGGAAGCAUAUUCCUAAGCAUUCCAACUGUUCUUGAUUCAUCAUUGGCUCCCGAAGGCCGUCAUAUACUUCACAUAUUUACAACAUCUUCCAUUGAAGACUGGGAGGGACUCUCGACAGAGGACUACGAGGCCAAGAAGAAGGUUGUGGCUAAUGAGAUUAUAAGCAGAUUGGAGAAGAAACUUUUUCCGGGGCUUAGAUCAUCAAUUACUUUCAUGGAGGUAGGUUCACCCAAGACACACAGGCGGUACUUGGCUCGUGACAAGGGUACUUAUGGACCAAUGCCACGCAGUACUCCUAAAGGUUUAUUGGGAAUGCCAUUUAAUACAACAGCUGUAGAUGGUCUUUACUGUGUUGGCGAUAGCUGCUUUCCAGGACAGGGUGUUAUAGCUGUAGCUUUUUCAGGAGUAAUGUGUGCUCAUCGAGUAGCUGCUGAUAUUGGCAUUGAGAAAAGGUCCCCUGUAAUGGAUGCUGCUCUCCUCCGGCUUCUUGGUUGGUUAAGGACCUUGGCUUGAGAACAGGGAAAAGAAAAACAGAACCUGCAACAUGACAUUUUUGCCUGAAGAACACAGGUUAGUGGAAAUGAUCUGCAAGAGAUAGAAGCGAAGUGCAAUUGCCAAGCUAGUGAACCAGGUAUCCAAAAAUAUAUUAACCUUUCACAAACUGUGAGUUGAAUAACUGCGGGUGAUUCUCACUCCUUAGGCUGGAUCAAAAGGGUACAGAGCUGUAGAGGGAUCUUCAAGAUUUUCUUUUUCGUUUACCUUUUUUCCCUCUCAAUUUGGUGUUUGGUUAGCAAUCACUGGUGGUUUCUAUGUAUUUAAGCGGUUGCUCUUGGAAAUUUUCUUUCCAAGGAAAACGUAAAUAAAGUUCUAUCAAAUCAUAUGCGUUAACA